GGAGUAGGGGAGCUCGGUGGCCACACUCCUCAGAACUACCUGGCGAAGCCUCCUGCCGCCUGGAUUUCUUCCCUACGUGCAGCCUCAGAAGCCAGCUUACCCGCCUGCCACAUCGCACCCUGACACUCGGGGGCCUCAUGGCUGCCACCUGUGAGAUCAGCAACGUUUUUAGCAACUACUUCAGUGCCAUGUACAGUUCAGAAGACCCCACCCUGGCUCCUGCUCCCCCCACUGCUACCUUUGGGGCUGAUGACUUGGUAUUGACCCUCAGUAACCCCCAGAUGUCCAUGGAGGGUCCAGAGAAGGCAAGCUGGUCAGGGGAGCAGCCCCAGUUCUGGUCAAAGACCCAGGUUCUGGACUGGAUCAGCUACCAAGUGGAGAAGAACAAAUAUGAUGCCAGUUCCAUUGACUUCUCACGAUGUGAUAUGGAUGGGGCCACUCUCUGCAACUGUGCCCUGGAGGAGCUGCGUCUAGUUUUUGGGCCUCUGGGAGAUCAACUCCAUGCCCAGCUGCGUGACCUCAGUGAGUCCAGGCCAGCCUCCAGCUCUUCCGAUGAACUCAGCUGGAUCAUCGAGCUGCUGGAAAAGGAUGGCAUGGCCUUCCAAGAGGCCCUAGGAGACCCUAUCCCCUUUGAACAGGGAAGCCCUUUUGCCCAGGAGCUGUUGGAUGAUGGCCGCCAGGCCAGCUCCUACUACGGCAACAACUAUGGCGCUGGAGCCCCCUCCCCUGGCAACUCUGAUGUGUCCACUGCAGGGACUGCUACUUCCCAGAGCUCCCACUCCUCAGACUCCGGUGGAAGCGAUGUGGAUCUAGACCCCACUGAUAGCAAGAUCUUUCCUAGAGAUGACUUUCCUGACUAUAAGAAAGGGGAACCCAAGCACGGGAAGCGGAAACGAGGCCGUCCCCGAAAGCUGAGCAAAGAGUACUGGGAAUGCCUAGAUGGCAAGAAGAGCAAGCACGCCCCCAGAGGUACCCACCUGUGGGAGUUCAUCCGGGACAUCCUCAUUCACCCUGAGCUCAAUGAAGGCCUCAUGAAAUGGGAGAAUCGGCAUGAGGGUGUGUUCAAGUUCCUGCGCUCAGAGGCCGUGGCCCAACUAUGGGGUCAAAAGAAAAAGAAUAGCAACAUGACCUAUGAGAAGCUGAGCCGGGCUAUGAGGUACUACUACAAAAGGGAGAUCCUGGAGCGGGUGGAUGGUCGGCGCCUUGUCUACAAGUUUGGCAAGAACUCCAGUGGUUGGAAGGAAGAAGAGAUUAUGGAGAGUCGGAACUAAGCGUCAGGACUGGACCUGGGAUCUGACUCAUAGACUCAGAUUAGAGGCCUGAAGUCUUCUUGAAAGGAUAGGCUGGCCAGAAGGCCCCCUUAAUGUGGAUGUGUUCCCUGUGGCGCUGUGGAGAGGAGAUCAAGCUGGGUGUGUUGUCAGCGGUGUCCUGAAAUGUGCAGACUGUGGCCUCUCUUUGCCCUCCUUGGAAUUACAAGCCCCAGGGUUUGAAGCGACUUGUUCGCUGACUCUACAGCUGCGAAUUCAGUUCCUUCUAGUCCCAGCACUGUAGAAGACACCCUCCUGCAGAUGCCUGGGCUCAACAAGGAGGCUUAGCACGGGACAGAAGGGACAGGGUUGUGUCCUCCAGCACCUUCUUUUUGGACUGGCUUCCACCUCUCUGCUCAGUACUUGGGCUCCACAGGCGGGGGUCAGAGCAUCCCUAAUUUAUGCGCUAUAAAUAUGUCAGGUGUAUAUAGAGAUCUAUUUUUUCUAAAGCAUUCCCCUCCCUACUUUUCUCCCACCAAAUGCUGGUGGCCAGACUGGACUGUUCUAGAUCCACAACUGGGCCAGUGAGAGUGGGAUGAUGCCAGAUCCUCAAGAUGGGACUCUGGAUCACUUUUUCUGUGAAUGGAGGCCAAGACCUCCAAUAAAGUUCCUUCCGGGCUUUUUCUAA